AUGGAUAAUAUGGACAUUGACGAACCUAUCAUUUCUCCAUCAGCGAAAGCUGGCAAAGCCAAAGAUAAAGAAGAGAAAAAGAGGUUUGAAGUGAAAAAGUGGAACGCAGUAGCUCUAUGGGCAUGGGGCAUUGAAUGUCAGGCUAAUCAAGCUUCCGCGACAAGUGAAGAAUGUACAGUCACUGGCAGGGAAGCUGUCAAAAUCAUCGGCACAGUCUGGCAGGCAGAUCACAACGGUACCACCGUCAGGUCGGGUAUCUAG